UUCGAUUCCAGCCUGGUUCUCUGUGGGGUUACGCCAGAAAGCGCAUCCGCUGUAACAGCUCAACCCACCGUGGACAUACUAUCCUCCUCCCCUCUCGUGAGCGAUGACCAGUGGAAAUCGCCUUAUCUUAAAGCCCACAUUGCUCUUCUGCUACCAUCCUCCUCAUCCUGCUUCAGGGAUCGGACAUGGUGGGGCUCUGUAACGUAUGGUUCCUGUGGGCUUGCACUCUUCUUGACUCUUCUUCUGUCACCUGUUACUAGGCAAACUCAAAUGCGCAGGUUGGAAUGACAUUAUGUCGUCCUGGUGACAGCAGAGUGUGAUCAUGGGAUUUAGAAGAGGGUCACCAUGUGCCAUAAUCUGUCCAAAUAUACCCCGAUUUUCCUCUUCCUCACACUGUCUGGCAUCAUCUUCCUGCUGCGGAACAUCCACACAGUAGAGAACUGGAACUGCCAAGCGAUUUCAUCUUUCUACCAACUGCAGAGCAGGAUCCAUUCAUCCCUCAGUGUGUCUCCUUUCUAUCACAACCACACCUACUGUACCCAUGUGGGCCAGAAACCCUCCCCUGAGGAUGAACUUGAGGAGCGGUACCUGUUGGAACUCAUCAGCUGGCCCAGCCCUCCGCCUCACUCUGGACCAACCACCCUGAGGCAGACGAGCGACCCUGUCCACAGCCUGUUCGCAAUACUUCCCACUAAAGAAGGAAGGGAGUGGCACGUGGGCGAUCAGCUAGAGGCCCUCAUCCAGAUGCACGACUUCCAGGGUCGCCCUAAACGCUACGGCGGGGAUUUCCUUCUGGCUAGGCUGCACUCUCCGGAGCUUGGAGCGGCCGUGGUUGGGCAGGUGGUUGACCACAAGAAUGGAUUUUAUUCUGCUCUGUUCCCACUCCUGUGGGUGGGCUCUGCACAGGUUGAAGUCAUGUUGGUGCACUCCAGCGAGGCCGUCGCUGUGCUGCGACGACUCAGGGAGGAACGGGCCGAUCGGGUGUUUUUUAAGAGCGUGUUCCGUUUAGGCCUUUUAUCAGAAACUACUGUGUGCAACCUGUGCUUGCCUACCAACCAUCAGCCUCUUUGCAACUACACAGACCUUCACACAGGCGAGCCCUGGUACUGCUACAAGCCCAAGGUGCUCAGCUGUGACACCAGAAUCAACCAUGCUAAGGGAGGCUACUUGAAAAACCUCAUCACCAACAAGGAAGCGCUGUUAUUCAAAAGUGGUGUAAAUCUCAAAGUUUACAUACACGCUUCAGGACCUGAUAAAAUCAACGUGCUGCCACAGAAAGAUAAAGUGGAGGAAGAAAACAGCACAGCUAAACCAGAACAUAUUCAGCUAGAAACAUCUGGAUAUUACUACAUGGACUCCUGGAGGCCAUUAGAUGGAUUUACAAUGCGUCAGUUCAACAAAUCAUCAGCAGCUGUACAGUGUUUGAAGAACAAGGUGAUCAACAUGUACGGAGACUCUACUGUGAGACAGUGGUUCGAGUAUCUCAUUGGUUUUAUACCAGAAUUAAAGGAGUUCAACCUAUACAAUCCCAAAAAGGUCGGACCGCUCAUGGCGGUGGACAGCACACAUAAUAUUCUCUUGAAGUACCGCUGCCACGGCCCUCCAAUCCGCUUCUCUACCGUCAUGUCCAGCGAGUUGCGGUACGUUUCGAAUGAGCUUGACGGCCUCUCUGGGGGCCCCAACGUGGUUGUGGUCCUCAGCAUCUGGUCCCACUUCAGCACCUUUCCUGUGGACAUAUACAUACGGCGUCUUCGGCACAUUCGACAGGCGCUGGUGAGACUUAUAGACCGAGCGCCAGGGACGCUAAUAGUGAUCCGCUCAGCCAAUCUUCAAGCCCUGGAUCAGGAGGUGAGCCUUUACAACAGCGACUGGUACUCCCAGCAGCUCGAUCAGGUGCUCAGGACCAUGUUCAAGGGGCUGAACGUUCUGGUGGUGGAUGCCUGGCAAAUGACUUUAGCUCACCAUUUACCUCAUGCCCUCCAUCCUCCUCCACCUAUCGUCAAGCAAAUGAUAGACAUGCUUUUAUCUUAUAUUUGCCCCGAGAGGAAAAAAAGCCAGAAAUAGUGAUGAUAGUGGAUAUAUUGUUAAAUGUGAUGUGUGAAUCCAUCCGUCAGUUUCAAACACAUUUUUGUUUGGGUUCAUAAGAACUCAUAUAUUUUUCUAAAACACAAACUCUUCAAAUACUGAAGAUUUGCUUUCCUGCUAUUUUUUUUUUUAAAUUCCUACAAAACAUGUUUUACUCUGAUUUCCAAAGACUUUGGCACAAUGAUUGUUAAUUCUCAUCUUUUGGUAUUACCAAAGUUUUGUUCAUGUGCAUUAUUUUAAUGUACAGAGUGGUUCAAAUAAUUGUUGAACACAUCAUCAAUUUUCUAAGUAAAUGUGUUUCUAAAGGUAAUCACCAGAUGUCGGUCAACAACCAUUCCAGUCCACACAUGCAAAGAAAUCAAACCGUAGAUUUAUAUUUGAAAUUAAGUUAUGUGUAAUAAUGAGAAAUGACAAUUGGGGUCAUUGGCUUGCUGAAACGUGCACCCUCGUUUCAUCUUCAUCAUCCUGGUAGGUGGCAGCAGUUUUUUAUUAGUUCCUCGCCACAUUUUCGCAUUCAUCCUUCCUUCGGUCAUAUGAAGCGUGCCAGUGCCGUAUGCUGAAAUAAACCCCCACACCAUUAUGUACCCACCUCUAAACUCACUGUUGGAAUGGUGUUUUAGGGGUGAUAUGCAGCGCAUUUUGACCUCCAAACAUGGUGUGUGUAUUCUGGAAUCUAAAGAGUUCAAUUUUGGUCUCACUUGACCAGAGACUAUAUUCUCAUUAUUACACAUAACAAUUAAUGGACAUCUGUUGAGAAUUUCAAAUUGGAUCUUUGGAAAUAUAUUUACUUAGGAAACAUUAAACACACAUACACACAUAACAUGAAGAUCUGCCUAAUAUUGUGUUUGCUUUUGCUACUACAGCCCUAAACCUUUAAGAUAUGUAUUCAGUUAGACACCACCGGAAGGUCUGCUGUGGCAUCUUGCACCAGGAAGUUAACAACAGAUCCUUUAAGUCUUCUAAGUUGUGAGGUGGGGCUUCCACCGAUCAGACAUGUUUGUACAGCACAUUUCCUUCCCACAGAUGUUUGACUGGGUUGAGAUCUGGCGAACUUUGAAUGUCAAGUCAACACCUCAAACCGUUCCUGAACAGUAUUUGCUCUCUGGCAGGGUAUAUUAUCCUGCUGAAAGAGGACACGGCCAUCAGUGAAUACAGUUUCGAUGAAAGGGUGUACAUGUUCUGCAACAAUGGUUAGGUAGGUGGUAUUUGUCAAAGUAACAUCCACAUGGACGACAGGAUCCUUGGUUUCCAAGUCGUACAUUGCCCAAAGCAUCACACUGCCCCCACCAGCUUGCCUUCUUCCCAUAAUGCAUCUUGGUGCCAGGUGUUCCCCAGGUAAGCGACGCACAUAAAGAAAACCUGCUCCGUGGUCCAGUUCUGAUGCUCACAUGCUCAUUGUUGUUGCUUUCAGUGGUGAUCAGGGGUCAGCAUGGACCGCCUGGCUGUUCUGUGGCUGUGCAGCCUCAUACGCAACAAACUGUGAUGCAUUGUGUAUUCUGACUUUUGUCGCGGUUCGAAUUUUGAGGAAGAGACAUAUGACUGAAAGUCCAUAGUGGGUCAACACAAAUAAUUUUAUUAAAACACAUAUAUGUGGUGAAGAUAGGCUCUGCAAAACAUCAGGCUCCAUCUUUCCCUUACAAUAGGUGGGUGUAAUAUUUAUACUUAUGAUGACCAGUACCUCGCGUCACUAAAACAGAACACUUCCUCUUUCAGUUCCUCCAGAUGCAUCCUGUUAUUCUACUUGUCCAGACUUAAUCCUUGUGUUGUCCACUGGUCAUUUUUGUCCUCUAAAGAAAUCUUUUGCUAUCAAAAAUGUGUUUUUUAUUCAUCAAAUGGUCUGAAAAUAACAGAAGUUAUUCAUUACUAUACUAUGAAUGAUUGGAAUAAGUUUUAAGUAAUUUGAUUUAUUUAUGGGGUUUUUAUUGGAUUUUAUAACACUUGUGGUCCUCGUGGACAAAAAUGACCCCAAAGUACAAAGUGUUGCAAAGAGCCGUAUUUUCACACCAUACUGCUUUCAAACAUCUUUGAUCUUGGAUCACUGAUGUGUGGGGUCAAGCACUGGUCAUAACAACCACAACAGGCAGCACAAUGAGGAGGCAGGUGCUCUAUAUUCAAUGAAAUUUUAUUUAUACAGCGCCAAAUCACAACAACAGCUGCAUCAA